GCAGUGGAAUUUGCUAAUGGCGGCGUUUUCAGAGAAGCCAGUGAGGAAUGCGAUGGAUUCCUGCCGCGACAUGCCACUCCAUGCACCGCCUGGCGUUGCUAUGGUGGACCCAAACACCUCAAACCAUUAGUUGGGGGCCCAGACAACUCCGUCAGCUGCAUCACUUCGAGUGGAGAGACCCAAAAACGACGAAAGUACCCGUAGACCAGUGUGAUUGUAGGAGUGAUGGGCCCGCUGAGGCAGUGUUGGCGGGCAGUGUUCAAUCUGUUGCCUCUGAGGGGGAGAAAGAGGCGGCUGGCCAAGCUCCUAGUGGUCCUACUGCUCUCUGCUGCCAUAUCUCUACUGGUGUUGAAUGGCGCCUGUAUCCCUGGUACAGGGAGAUGUGGGGAGGGGGGAGAGGAUGGGCUUCAGAGGGUUAGGGAGGAGUUUGAGAUCCCAAGGGACUAUGAGGUAAAGCAGCAGAACCCUGUGCUUCACCGCAAAAUCAAAGGUGGAAAGAGUGAUCCACCAGCAGAGGGACAAGACUCUGUCCUCGAGCAACCAAUGGUCGACAGGAAUAAACCUGAGAGAGAGGAGAACCAGAGAACACAGGUUGAAUUGCCUCCUGAAUCAAACGCCAGAGACACAGGUGUGAAUGGAGUCGGUGAAGAGAAGGAGACACAGAGGGAUGUCAAGUCAGAUGAGGAGAUGAGAUCCGAGGGCAAAUCACUGGAGAAUGACGGGAGGCCCCGUGAGAUUGAAAAACCCCUUGCGGUGGAUAGCAACGAAAAUCUCGCGACCACUGUGGAAAAUGACGGAGCAUUCAUCAGAACAGAUGAGCAAGGAGUGGGUCUAGAGAAGAUUGACUCUAACAGACCCAUGGCUCGUGAGGGUGUGGUGGCAGCUAACAAACCCAUGGCUCAUGAGGUGGUGGCAGGUGUGGUACAGAAGAGGGAAGCGGAGGAGGUUGGACUAGAAGAAGGUAAUCAGUUGCCUGGUCCGGCAGGUAAGGCGGGGGUCGUGGUAAAAACGAAGGCUAAACCCAGUAUGUCACCAUCCACCAGUGACUCCGGUCCAGCUGAUGCUGUCAGUGACUCAAUCGGUGUGAAACCUAAAGUUAAAGGAUCUCAAACAAGAAUAGUCACCGAAAGGAACCUGCCUACAGAAGGAACCAGUGCCCCACCCUCUCUCCCUCCUGGGGCCUUUGCAAGACGUAAACCUAAAGUGGUAGUUGGUAAGGACGGGGCUGUGACUAAAGAGAUGGGGGAAAAGGUUGACGGUGGUGCCCCUGGUGGGGGUGUGAGGGGUGUGCAGAAGGAAAGUGUACCUGGAGGAGGGGCGAAAGGAGAAGGAGGAGGAGAAAGAGAUGGAGAAGGGGGAGGGGAAGAAGAGAAGCAUAUUAGUGCUGUAGAGAUGGCCAAAGCAAUUGAGAGUGGUGAGAUGUGUAAGACGGUGUGUCCUCCGUUCACCUGGUCCGAGUGGUCUCCCUGUAGCAAGGCGUGCGGGAGGGGCCGGCAAUAUCGCAGGGCUCUCUACAAGUUCAUCUGCCAGACCUCAGAGCUCUGUCCCCUCAACCGAAUCGAGGAGUCCGUCUGCGAGACCCCCUGCAAGUUUGACCCCGAGAAAUAUGGGGGACCAAACGGCCUGGACAUGUAUCCCAUCAACCCACUCAACCCUGCCAUAUAUCCAGAGGACCGGAAGUACAUGUGCGGCCACUGGCUGGUUGAAUACGAGAAACUGCAUCAAGAGAUCCUCUCAGGCAAGAGAGCUCCAAGGUAUCUGGUCUACUCCACUGGUAAAGGAGCGUAUCCUACAGCGGGAGGAAUAGCUCCACGGCUGCGAGGAAUCACAACCACUUUCUUCCUGGCUGUCCUCCUC